CUGGUUGCGCAUAAGUUCUGCUGCCAGAAACGAAAGAUCUUCAACCAUGAAUCCAGAAGAGCAAAUAGUGACUUGGCUGAUUUCAUCGGGGGCCCUAAAUUCCCCCAAAAUGCGGAUUGGUGACCCUGAGCAGUUCCUCAAAAUGUCCUUGAAGGACGGAGUAGUGUUGUGCAAGCUUGCUCUACGGCUUUUUCCAGGGUUUCUAGACAAGUAUUGUUUAGAGCCCAAGACAGAAGCAGACUGCAUUGGCAACAUCAAGGAGUUCUUAAAUGGGUGUGCAGCACUUAAAGUGGAGCUGUUUGAUGCACAUGAUCUGUACACAGGAGACAAUUUUCACCAGGUGCUGAAUACUCUUGCAGCUAUAAACAAAGCCACAGAAGAUCAGCAGUCUGCCAGGCCAUGCUCGCGUUUGCCAUCUCCUAGCUCCCCCGGGGGUGACAGCCAUCCUUUCCUGCAAGGAGCAGCUGCAAAGUCGACGAGAGCAGUACAGAGGCAGUCGGGAGUGGGGGAGAUGACUGAGAAUGGCAACCAUCAAUUGGUGGUCAAGGCCAGGUUCCACUUCAAGCAGACGAAUGAAGAUGAGCUCUCGAUCAACAAAGGCGAUAUUAUCUAUGUCACCCGGGUUGAGGAAGGCGGUUGGUGGGAAGGGACUCUUAACGGAAAGACUGGCUGGUUCCCCAGUAAUUAUGUCAGAGAAAUUAAAUCCACUGAUAAGCCACUCUCUCCUAAAGGUUUAAAAGGAGCUGAGAGCCCCCAACUAACAAAGAAUUAUUAUACUGUGGUACUUCAGAAUAUUCUGGAAACAGAGCGAGACUAUGCCAGGGAACUGCAGGCUCUUUUGGGAACAUACCUGAAACCCCUCCAGUCCUAUGACAAGCUGAGCGCUGUAGAGAUUGCAUCUUUACUUGGAAAUGUGGAUGACAUCUGCUCCUUUCAGCAAACACUCCACCAGGCAUUGGAAGAAUGUGCAAAACUUCCAGAGAACCAGCAAAAAGUGGGAUGCUGCUUCCUAAGCCUGAUGCCCCAGUUCAGAUCACUAUACCUCACCUACUGCGCUAACCAUCCAUCAGCUGUCAACGUCUUGACCCAACACAGUGAUGAACUGGAAAAGUUCAUGGAGAUUCAAGGGGCAUCCUGUCCAGGGAUCCUGACCUUAACAACGAGCCUCAGCAAACCAUUUACACGGCUGGAUAAAUAUAUCUCCCUUCUCCAGGAACUGGAGCGGCACAUGGAGGAAGUGCAUCCUGACCACGAAGAAGUCGUGAAAGCUGUCACAUCCUUCAAGUCUCUUGUGUCCCAGUGUCAAGAGCUGAGGAAGAGAAAACAACUUGAGCUCCAGAUCCUUUCUGAGUCCAUUCAGGGAUGGGAAGGCGAAGAAAUAAAAUCCAUGGGCCCUGUCAUUUAUAUGUCACAAGUCAUGGUCCAGUAUGGAGCAAGUGAGGAGCGAGAAGAGAGAUACUUUAUGCUGUUUUCAAACAUUCUGCUGAUGCUCUCGGCCAGUCCUCGGAUGAGUGGCUUCAUCUAUCAGGGGAAACUGCCUUUAACAGGAAUGGUGGUGACAAAACUUGAAGAUAUGGAUGGAAAUGAACGUGCUUUCGAAAUUGGAGGAACUAUGAUAGACCGGAUCACGGUACACUGUAACAGCAGCCACGAUCUGCAUGAAUGGCUGGACCAUUUGCAAAGGCCGACAAGAGGAGGAGCUUCAAGUGGCACCCUGUCCAAGACACACUCUUGGAGUUCUCACUCGACCUUCAGCUCUACUGGACAAGCUCGUGGCCCUUUGGAGCCACCAAAGAUCCUCAAGCCCUGGACCUUAAGUUGCCUCAGACCUGCCCCUCCCCUCCGGCCAUCAGUGGCUCUCAGCUAUAAAGAGCGGAUGUCCUACAUCUUAAAGGAUUCCAGCAAGAGUCCAAAGACAAUGAAGAAGUUCCUUCCUAAAAGGAAAACUGAGAGGAAAGCUUCUGAUGAGGAAUUUGUUAUUAGGAAAAGUACUGCUGCAUUGGAAGAAGAUGCCCAGAUCCUGAAAGUGAUUGAGGCCUAUUGCACAGGAGCUGGCUUUCAGCAAACCCUCGGUUCAGGUUCCCGGAAAGACUCCGUCCCCCAAGUCCUGCUUCCCGAAGAAGAAAAAAUAAUUAUUGAGGAAACACGAAGCAAUGGUCAGACCAUCACAGAGGAGAAAAGCCUUGUGGAUACUGUCUACGCGCUGAAGGAUGAGGUCAAGGAACUAAAGCAGGAGAAUAAAAGGAUGAAGCAAUGCUUGGAAGAAGAGUUGAAGUCCAGGAAAGAUUUGGAGAAAUUAGUCCGGAGGCUGUUAAAGCAAACAGAUGAAUGUGUUCGGGAAGAAGCCAGCCGCAGGUCUUCGGUCCUGGCUUGAUGUCUGAACUGUGCUGCGGGCAGCUUGCAUGCGACUUCAGGUAUUCUGGCAAGGUUGAACUCUGAUUCCUCUUGCUCCUUAUGUUGGAUUUUGG